CAGAUAUUACAACCUUCAGCUGCUGUUCAGGAGUCUUGCAACAUAUGGCAUGUGAACUUAGAAGCCAUUCCAGAGUGGGUGAAGCGUGUCAUUGAAAAGGCACAGUGGACAAUUGGAAAACUGCACUGUCCAUUCUGUGAGGCCUGCUUAGGGGGCUUUAACUUUAUUUGCAACACAAAAUGUUCCUGUGGCCAGUUAGUAAAUAUACAUUUCUGCAAGAGUCGGACUGACUAUCAGCCAGCUUUUCCUGUUAAAUCGGCAAAAUCAUCAGGAAAACACUUACCUCUCCUCAAAAUUCAGUCUGGUUUUAGCGAGGAUACCUGCCAUGAAGUGGUGACUGCAACUUUGGAAAUCAAAAAUCAAGGACUUCCAUACAUGGCCAGAAAUAACAAUGGUACUGGAAGAUUAAUAGAAGCACUUUGUCUAGAAGUAAGAGCUCCCACAUUUGAGAUGAAAAGUAAGAAACUUCCAUUAAAGGAAUUAAAUCAAAAAAGAAAUCAUUCUACUUCCUAUUCUGUGAAUGACGCAUGCAUUGUAAAACCUUUUCACAGAAGAUCACGAAGUUUGGAUUUAAAUACCAGAAAGAGGCUUGUUUUGUCACCUUCAUUGUAUAAAACUUGCAGUAUGGGAACAAUUUACCAUGGGCAAAAUGAAAAUCCACCUAUUUACACAGGAAGUAGCUUGCAGUUAGAGUCCAAUAGGAAAGAUGGUCAUUCUUUUCUUGACCUGUAUAGUUGCAGUGCUAACAGACUACAAAAAACAUUUCAAGUUACUUCAGUUACCACAUUACUACAUAGAGAAACAGAAAGUGACUGUGAUUCUGAAGCUACUGGACAAUCUCCUGGGACUACCAUUGCUGACGGGUCAUCUUUCAUGAUGAACCUUUCUUCAAACACAAGUGCUGUAGAAGAGGAGCAGUACAUCACAUCUGUUGGUCAUGCACAGCCUACGAGUAUUUCCUUCAACCAAAAGCUAAGCAAGAGAGAAAGAAACAAGUUGAAAAGCUUGAGGAGGAAGCAAAGAAGGCGAGAACGGUGGCUACAGAAGCAG